UCGGGAAAGUCGGGCGCGCGGAUUCACGGAUACUUUUCAGUUAGUUUACAAAUUUAUUCGCAGAACGCAAGUGAGUGCUUCGCGUUUGAUUCAGAUCCCGAGAUAUUGCCUGCAAUUGGAAUCGUCGGAUGGCGAACUAACGUUGCAUUUAAAAACUAUCGCUUCAGAUUAAUUGGCUUUUGGAGCGCACUCAACCGACUGAUCUUUACCCACCUCUUCUAGGCACAAACUGGAAUGACGAAAGUCAGAUUCCAAACACAACGAAGUUCAAUCAGCAGGAUGACCUCAAAAAGUAGUUUAAUCAGCCUCAGCUGCCUCCUGGUCCUUAUUCAAGCCCUAGCUCCCGCCAAAGCUGCAGUGCACUCAGUGUCCACCCACAAAAACGCAUCAUCCGUUUUGGGGCAAUUGGUCACCUCGAGCACCCUGGUGUGGGAGAGCUAUGACCCCAAGGAUGCCGCUCAGCUGCAAUUUGCCGUGGAGGGCGGAAAGUAUGUCACCGAGGAUGAGCACUACCCAAUCUACGUAUGCCGUGUGCCCAUCGACGGCUUCCAGGUGUCCGGCCACACCGAGAAAAUCCUUCAAAGACACGUCUGCGUUGCGGCCCACUAUAAGCACGGAAAGUACGACAACUUCGAUGUUCUGAUGAACAAGGGUCACCUGGGAAAGGUCGGCUGGCGUCAUUGGCGCAAGUUCGAUGCUGGAGUCCCGGUGGGUGCCAUUCGUAUUGGAGACGACUCCUACAUUGGACGCCACAGGGCCCCGAGUCAGCCUAACGCAGAGGGCAUUGUCACUCACUGGGGCGCAGACUUCAACCUGGGCCACUUGGAACACGUGGGCCUGGGGAAAAUUAAGGUAAUUGAGAACGAACGUGAAAAAUACUAUGACGAUGGCGAGGUUUUAGUCGAGACGGAGCCUUUCCGCUAUGAGCUCAGGGACAUCAAGUUGGAUCGCUUGCGCACUGAUACAAAGGAGAACCAGACUGAACUGGUAACUAGGAGGCUGGAAAAUCUGGGAGAUAAGUACAGCACUGUGGAGACUAUUCUUAGCUAUAGCUUUGACUAUACUCAGAACUGGGGAUCCCAUGAGGGCUUGGCUCGAGGUCUGCCCACAAAAAUAUUCGAAAAAGAUGUGCCCAUCCCGGCUGAAAUUAACUGGGCCCUGAAGCACACCGAGAAACGAUCGGAAAACAAGGCAGUUCACACGAAACUCUGGCCUGGCACGGCCAUUAAUGUUACGCUACGUGGCUACUAUGUAACCCUGGAGGCGCCGUACAGUGGAAAGCUAUUUGCAUUCUACUACGGCAGCGAUGAGAGCGUAUCCCGGAAGAUCAGCGCAGAGGUGCGCAAAAGCUACUUGAAGGAUGUGAAGCUGGAGUUCAGCCCAGUCUACUGGAUUGAGAACGGAACUCUGGUACCCACAACGACUACCACAACGACAACAUCCACAUCGACCACUACACAUGCCACCACAACCAGCACCAAUGAGCCUACGCCCAUCAACGAGCCCCCGCUGGUCCAUAUGAAGGAUACGGGCGUACAACAUUCGGGUCCCGAUACAUUAGAGAAAACCUUGCAGGACUCACCGUCCAGCAACGAAGUGAAUUCGCACGAGGCUCCCGAGAACAUGUCCUCUAAUCCUGGCAAGAACGAUGUGGCGCUGGCAGGGUUCGGGGUCAACGCAGCGGGGUCGAUAGCAACUGCAGGGUCGGCUUUCUUGACGCUGCUCGUAACGGUUUUCCAGAGUCUGUAGAUGGAAUUGAGCUCCGGACUUAGUAUAGCGUUUAAUUGUUGUUGUUGUACCUGUUGUACCCGUCUUUGAGAGCGAAAAGAAGAAGAAAUACGCAGAUAGACAUUAAAGGCUCCGAAAGGAGUUAGGCAUAUAAGAAAUAGGAGGUCCCGUAAGUGGGAAUAAUUUUGGUGUGAAAACUGAAAGCAAAAGUCGAUAUUUUUUAUACUUGUCCCAAGGCUUCUUCUAUAACACGCAUGCAAGUAGCAAUACGAAUUGAAAUUACCAAGAAGAAUAAACCUAAUACAUUCCUAAACUAAAUCCCUCACAAACGGAAAUGAAUCAAAAGUAUAAAUUAAAAAUAAAUAUAUAUAUUCAUGUAAACUAUAUAUAUAUCUGUAUGUAGAAAUAUUUUAAAGGUUUUUUUAUUUGCAAUGCAAAACAUAAUGUCUUAUGAUUUAACUGGCUUCUUAUUUCUUUAGUUAGUAAGCCACAUUAAUAGCAAGUAGAAAAAGUACUACAAAUAAAUUGACACUUUAUUUAGGGAUGAUAUUAUAAAUCACGCUCUCUUAAAUGAUGUAUGUAUAUGUCUAAAAUGUAAACCUAUGUGAAACAUAAGUACGAGAAUGUAUGUAAUUGAUUAAGAAAAACACUUAAAAUAUGUAAAUUAGAAACAUUUUCUUUAAACUCUUUGAAUUUAAAUAUGAUUUGCGUUCAUUCUUCAGAAUUGGUUUGGUUUUAAACUUGUAUGCGUCGAAGAUACAAUAAAUCUCUUAUUUUAUAAAAAAAAAUAAAGCUUGUAAAUUAAAAAUGAAAAAAACAAUUGGUUUUCUUUAUACAAAAUUGAAAGUUAAAUGCUUUACUAUGACACUCAGUUUUUUUAAUUUUCCUUAUAUCGUUUCUAAAACUAGACAUUUUAUUCAAACACGAAAGUCAGGCUUUCAAAAAUGUAGCCAAAAUGAAAAUGUUCGACUGAUUGGAGUUGAUUUAAUACAAAAUUAAUCUUAUGGCAACAUUAUAUCCCACUUUAUUACCGACCAAUUUAUAAAUAUUUACAAUCAAUUGAAUAGCUCAAUCGGGAUGCGAGACACCAUUUAAAAGAAGAUGAAUCGAUCUCAUGAUAUAUUCAACGCACAACCCUCUAAUAGCCUUGUCUAUACAUCCGAAUUUGUUCUUCGUGCAACACCUGUUAAAAGCUUAAGUAAAUGUGAAACAGGAAAGAAGAUAAAAGAGGCAGUCGAUUUUGGAUAUUCACUAUCCAACUGAUCUUGGGCUGGUUCCAACAGCUGAUGAUUUUUGUAUUUUAUUUGCUAUUUUUGUUAUUUGCCUUGUCAAUUUAAAUAACCAAUUAGCAUAUUAAAAUGCCAUGCAGUCUGUUGCCCUCUCGAUUACAAUGCAAAUCACGUUUUGUUGAAACGCUGUGAUAGUGAAAUAUAUGUCCAGUUUUGGUACACAUCACUUCACUCACUCGUUCUGCGCUGUUGGGCAAAGAACGACAAAAGUGGUUUGAUGAAAACCAAACCAAAAAGUGAAUUCGCGUUAGAAUCCAAUAUAUUGUUAUGCGAGCGAUAUUUUUAAAGCGUGACCACAUGAAGGCUAACAAACGGGUUUUAAUCUGGAUGAUGUUGUUUGGAGGCGUCAGACCUAUUGAAGAGAGUUACGCUAUAGUCUAUCGGCAUUGUUCAAUUAUCUAAAAUGAACUUGAGAGUGAAUGUGUCCAAAAUCGCAGUGCGAUUCUUCAAUAAUUUAACACUUUAAUAAAACUCGCUUGUAUUUAUUUCUAGUGAUGAGUGCGGCGGGAGUUUGUUAGCCAACUCAUCCUCGACUAUUGCUCUGGUCUGCUGACCAAAUUUAAUAUGCAUGGAUUGCUUGAAACAAAAGCCGCCAAUACCGCAGGUUCCAACCCCUUCCGUUGCAGCUCGCUGACAGGUUUUUGCCAACCUUCUGUACCGGCGUGCAAUCUGCUACCUCCGCUCCACCAUCCGCCGUACAUCCUGCAUUCAGGCGUAACGCGCGCUAACCCCCAACGUGCUUGACUUCACUGACGUAGGCAUAUGAAUGUGACCGCCUCUGCACUUUGUGCAUUGCUUCAGCUGCAUUAAGGGAUCUGGGCAUAACAGCGGUUCUGGCUGUGCCAUGUGCGUGCUGGUUACGUUUCAGCCUUUUACGCUUUGUAAUUUUCGGUUUCAGAAAUUGCAUAUAUUUGGCCUACAAUCGGUGGGUGGGGAAAAGCAGUCUGUCUGCCCGGCUAUUUGGUUAUUUAUUACUUUCGGGACUGACGCAGACAGGUCGCAGUCGCGGGCGCUUGGUUUCUUAAUUUUUUCAGUUUUAUUCUGUUACUUAGCUACAUCUUAAGAUCCUAUUUUAACACUUAAAUAACAAAAAUGUAUUGACAGCGCUAAGUGUUUUAGAAUAAUCGAAAAUUUCAUGUGAUUGAUAAAUGUAUUGCCAGCCCAUUAAUAUGCGAUAAUCAAACUGAAAAUAUUGUAACUCAUACAUACACAAUUAGGAAAAUAUUUCAAACAAAGCAUAACUGUAUUUAAUUAUUGCCAUUGUCUCCAAUUGUGGUUUUAAUCAUUCAAAUAAAGUAUAUUUCAAAAACCCCCAGUGUUA